GCUUCCAUGCAGCCUAAGAAGUGUGCACUAUUGUGUACAGCUAAAAAAAAAGAGGGAGGGAGUGAGGGAAGGAGGGAAAGAGGGAGAAGAAGCUCGGCCCUUUGUGUGCUGGAGGUUCAGCCGAGAUAUAGACAGAGAGAUAUUUCUGCUGUUUGUACCCUCUUCGGCCACCUUCACCCUGACACACACUUUACACACUCACACACAUUCACUCACACGCUGGUGCACGGAUGCAGGCGUCGACGACGUGCUCUGGGUUGCGUGAGUGCAUGUGUGCGUCUGAGCAUGUGUGUGUCUGAGUGUGUGUGUGUGAUGAGAGCGGACGUCAGAGCGGCCCAUGAAUAUUGAUACGGAGGACAGUCUCUUUUAUCGAGGACAGAAGGAAGCAAAAUGGCGGCCCUGUAGGACCUGGUUAGGAUCUAGAACGCUUUCACGGCACACGGUGGGAGUGAGGGGAAAAAAAGAAAGCAGAGACGGCAGCCUUUUGAAUGGACUCAAAGCAGGCCAGAUGGAAACAGAACAAGCCAGGCAUGAGACGGAAGAAAGUCUGAUACACACACAGCAUAGUGCCAUCCACCAGGUACCUACAAAGCUGCAGAAUGGAAACCAGUCAUCGGACACUAGCCCACAGCAACUUAACGGGGAUACCAGUUGGAGCAAUUUCAAGCCAAUGAAACGACACCGGGACAACUGUUCUAGUCCAGUAACCAUGUACGAUCAGGGCCUGUAUAAGAUAAAUGGUGAAGUGAAGCAUGCACUAAACGAACAGUCAUUAGUGGCCCUUCCCCAACCCAAAAAGCUCUGUGUUAAUUCAGAGACAACUAGCCCAUGGCAGCAGAAAGAGACAGACACAGAAGGAUGUUUAGACAGAAUCCCUGGCCUGAGGAAGCCUGUACCAGACACAGAAAACUGUAAUUUUCCCAAUGAGAACAUCUACUCAUUAUCAAGGAACAGGCAGGUGCUAAUGCCGAAUGGUGCUGCAGUAACUCCACCUUCAGUGGAAGGUCCUGCUGGUGACCUCUUUGAGAAAACUCAGUCUCAGUAUUAUCAAAAACAUAUGUCCACAACACAAGACACCAGCAAUCUACAUGAGCAGGCUAUCUUUACACCUUCAGUUACCUCAGGCUGUUCUAUUUUGACUCAGAUGCCUGCUUCUGAGCCAUUUGCGAAAACACCAUCAGAAGUGCAUGGAAGCAAUGACUAUGACCCAGAGUUCAUGGUGAAUGGGUACUCUGGGAAUUUUGGUGCAGAGCAGCAGCAUCAACCUCUGCAUUACCCUCUCACUGACCUUCAAGCUCUGGAAAAUCAACCACAAUGUGAUUUAGGAAAACAGCCAAGGAUGGCCUCAACAGUGAGCAUCAGUGAUGGUUCACAAGCUCAAAAUGUCACAGACAGUUUUGCCACCAACACAGUGGGUUUAAGCAUAUCUUGCCCAACACCAGUUACGGCUAAAACUGCUGGCACAUUCAGUUCAGUCAAAAACUCAGCCACUGAUCAGGAGCCCAGCACUGUUAAAGGCCAGCAGCACUUACAAUAUGAGAUGCAACAGCACCAGUCAGAUGUUUCCUGCUCAGUUGAUGGCGGCCCGCAGGACAAUGGAGUCUCUACUCCUCCUCCUGUGGAAAUUCAGGCAGCUCCAAAAAAUCUAUGUAACGAGCUGGAACACAAACCACCCCUACCUGAUCAUGGAGGGAAUGUGUCUUCUGACACUCAGCUGGACUGGAUCAAUUUGAACUCUACUCCAAAUUCACAACAUCAAGCCAAUCAGGCACACAUGUGGAAGGGCUUCCCUUCAAAUGAAAACACAGACAGACUGAUCCAGGCUGAUCUGCUUAAUACUGACACCUCAGAUAGUUUUCAGAUGCAGGCAGACUUCUCUAAACAGCAAGAGGGUCACAUGCAAAAUGGCUAUAAGCUUCCUGCACAAACUCACUCUAAUACUGUUACAGAGUGCCAGACUCAAAUACCUAAAACUCCAUCUGAUACGCACACCCACCCCAACAAGCAGAUCAACAAUGUCCAGUAUACAAAUAAGCAGUUUUUCCUCCCAGUGAAACAAGGGCAUUUAUGCAAAAAUGAUCAAAACCUAGGGCAGGUCCAACCUCCUGACUUUGUGCAUCAGUUACCUUCACGGUCCCACCAGCAAUAUGAAGCCCACCACCAGCAAGCCAGCACCAUCAUGCAUCAUGAUGCACAGGGUCUCAAACUGGUGUUACAAAAUGAUGCUCAGGGUCAGGUGAAUUCCCAACUCCCACACAAACACAUCAUGGAAGGAUACACACAGGCAGAAAUAUCAUCUCCAACAUACAAACAAACUAACACAACAGUGCAAAACGGAUCCAUUGUAUCUUCACAACCGAGCCUCCCUUUGCCCAAUCAGCAUAACUCGCAGCCUUCACCUAAUGGCUUAUCAUCCAUGUUUAGUUUUGAGGGAGCAGCAGAGAUUCAAAAGCAGUCUCAGAGACGAUAUACCCCAUCUCCAAGUGCCCAAAAUUCUCAGCAGCUUGUCAACCAUAUGCUGCCCAGAAACAUGGACUUUCAGAACUCACAGCAUACACAAUUGCAACUUCAGCUACCAGAUGGUACCCAUGGUAGGCAGAUGCCAGCCCAGAUGUUUCCCAAAGCUGAAUCACGGGAAUCCUGUUCUCAAUUCCAGAGAGGACCCCUUCCAAGCCCGGGUCCACAAGGGGACUUUCAGAGGCAUGCAGCCCUGCGAAUGCAUCUACUACAAAAGCAGGAUAGGCCGGGCUACCCCCAGAGCCCCACCAUGAUCAGACCUGACCUGCAGCAUGUUAAACGUGAGAAUGACCCAAGAUUAGAGGACCCAAUCCAUAUGCCAUCACCACAAAUGCAGCAUCAGGUUCAAGACCAUAUGGGAGGCAUUCCAGAGAGAGUAAAACAGGAAAGGACAUCUUCAACCUGCUCACAGAGCCAGCAUAAGAGCAUUCUGGCCACCAUGGAAAAGCAUUUACAACAGUACCAGCCUUCUCCUGUGUUUGAGCGGAAGUCUCUAACCAUCAAGUCCCCCAAUAAAGUGAAGGUAGCGAUGGCUGGAGGUGUGGCAGUGAUAUCUACCAAUAUUGAAGGAAGUAAGGGGGAUCAGUGUAAACCUCCUGCUUCUACUCCCAAAAAAGAGCCAGGCCUGCAGUGCUUUCUGGAGUCACCAAUGAAACUGCUGGAUACUCCCAUCAAAAACCUGCUGGAUACACCCAUUAAAACUCAAUAUGAGAUUCCUCCAUGCCAUUGUGUUGAGCAACUCAGUGAAAAGGAUGAAGGCCCAUAUUACACUCAUCUGGGAGCAGCACCAAAUAUCAAGGGUAUCCGAGAAACGAUGGAGAAGAGGUCUGGUCUGACUGGAAGUGCUAUUAGGAUUGAGAAAGUGAUAUAUACAGGCAAAGAAGGCAAGAGCACGCAGGGUUGCCCUAUUGCUAAAUGGGUAAUACGUCGAGCCAAUGUGGAUGAGAAGCUCUUGGUGCUGGUACGAGAGCGGGCUGGUCACUCUUGUGAAGCAUCAUGCAUUGUAGUAGUAAUUAUGAUAUGGGAGGGAAUAUCGACGACCAUGGCCGAUCGUCUCUACAUGGAACUUAGUGAUACACUGACGAAGCAUGGUGCCCUGACUAAUCGCAGAUGCGCACAUAAUGAAGAGAGAACAUGUGCAUGUCAGGGUCGAGACACUGAUGCCUGCGGGGCUUCCUUUUCCUUUGGAUGCUCCUGGAGUAUGUACUACAAUGGCUGCAAGUUUGCCAGAAGUAAAAUCCCAAGGAAAUUCAAAUUGCUUGGAGAUGAUCCCAUAGAGGAGGAAAAACUGGAGAGAAAUCUUCAGGCCCUUGCUACUUUCAUGGCUCCAUUGUAUAAACAAAUGGCACCUGAUGCUUAUAGCAACCAGGUGGAGCAUGAACACAGAGCUCCAGACUGCCGACUGGGUCUCAAAGAAGGCCGUCCAUUUUCUGGAGUCACAGCAUGUCUAGACUUCUGUGCCCAUGCCCACAGAGAUCUCCACAACAUGGCAGGAGGUAGUACUGUGGUCUGUACACUAACACGAGAGGACAAUCGUGAGAUUGGAAAAAUUCCUGAAGAUGAGCAACUGCAUGUGCUGCCAUUGUACAAGGCUUCAUCCACUGAUGAGUUUGGCAGUGCAGAGGCCCAGCUGGAAAAAACAAGAACUGGAGCCAUCCAGGUGCUUAGCACAUUCCGGCGGCAGGUCCGUAUGCUAGCAGAGCCAGCCAAGUCCUGCAGGCAGAGGAAACUAGAAGGCAAAAAAGGUGGAGCUAACAAAACCUCUAAUGUCAGCAAUUCCAAGGUAGACAUCAACCAGCAGUCAAAGCAGCAGAAACAAAGCUCUUGUGACAAUGUGGAUCAUAACACAUCUGCAGCAGGUGCACAUCUGUGUCACAUGGGUUCCCCUCUUCUGCCUGGUCAGAACCCUAUAGCUGCCCAGAACCAACUUCAACAGCAGAAUCAGCAGUCAAAACCUAGCACUUCUCAACCUUUUUCAAAUUCAACAUCCUCUGUUAAUUACUCAAGGUACCUCAACACACCAGGACCCUUCCAGAGCACUUCUAAACCAUCUAAUAUGUUUCCUCAGUCUCCCAGCUCAGCUAGCCCUUAUCAUUCCCCUUUACCAGUUGCCAAUUCCUACAUGAAUGGGUCAAACCCACCAAGCCCUUACUCUGGAGCACUAACUUCUAACAACCUCUAUCCCGGUUACCAAUGCAAUGGGAGUAUUCGGUUGGACUACAACCCUUACUAUUCCAAUCCAAAGCACCUGGACAUGUACAGACAGCAAAGACCAUCUCUGCACCCUGACCAACAAUUCACCCCUCAGCAGCACUAUGGCAUGACUUACCAACCACGCUAUGGGGAGCCAGUCCUCCCCAUCAAUGGAUAUGGCAAUUGUAACAUGAGACCAAACAUGCACCCCAUGGGACACUAUCCAGGAUACAGCUCAAAUGGGGGACCUAAUGCCCAGUUUCUAGAUGUUAUGUCCAGACAUUUAGCUCACCCAGGCGUGGACUAUGCAGCAGCAAAUAAAACUAGUCAGUUUGUCAGAUACCCCAAACCCUAUUUGGCUCAGAAUCUUUUGUUCCCCCAAAACAUGGACCCACUACAUAUGCAAAAGCCAGAGAUGAACCUCCAUGCUGCAAACAGUUUCCCUCAAGUGCUUCCUUCUGUAGGCAGGGAAGGCAUGAACCCCACCCAAAAUCCAAGUAUGAGUCUGCCUAAUGGAAACAUCCCACCCUCUUUUGUCAAACAAGAGCCAGGAAUCUCAAUGCCUGCAACUCAAGAGGAGGAGGAGGAUGCGUGGUCAGACAAUGAGCACAACUUUCUGGAUCCAGAGAUUGGUGGUGUAGCGGUGGCACCCAGCCAUGGGUCAAUUAUCAUUGAGUGCGCAAAGCGCGAGAUGCAUGCAACCACGCCACUCAAGAAACCCGAUCGCACCCACCCUACCCGAAUCUCUCUGGUUUUCUACCAGCACAAGAACCUGAAUGAGGCUAAGCAUGGGCUAGCAUUAUGGGAGGCCAAGAUGGCAGAAAAAGCACGUGAGAAAGAGGAGGAUGCUGAAAAGCAUGGCACAGAUGGGACACCCAUCAAGAGUGGUGGCAAGAGGAAGAAAGAACAACCAGAACCUUCUGAGCCACCAUACAAACGUUUUGUCCAGAUGCUUGCUGAAAAGUCACUUUCCUUCACUACCAACACUUAUGUCAGCUCAGCUCCCUAUGCCUUUACUAAGGUCACAGGGCCUUACAGCCACUUCCUGUAGGGAUCUGAUUAGGUUUACAUCAUCCUCAAACAGGGAAAAAGUGUUGGAAUCGUGACAAGGUGCUAAAAAGUGUCGGAAUUGUGACAAGGUGCAUCAUGUGAUAUGCUUUUUCAGACCUCAGUGCCACUGGCUGUAACCCAGAGACCCAUAGAAGCUUCUGUGAGGCUAGCAAAGCCUGAUCCAUAUUAUCGGAAAAUGCAAAAUCUACAAUAGAUCAACUAAAGGUAAAAAGGUUUAGCUUUACUGGUUGACCCUCAUAUAAUGUAUUUAUUUAUUGCAUUGUUACACUGUUCUUCUUCUUUGGUGCUUCACAACAUCGGAUGUCCAUUACUGGGGAAUUAAUGGCUUUAAUUUUACAGUUUUUGGAACUAAAGGAAAAAAUUCUGGUGUAACACACUGAUACGGUGGCUAAUCAUGUUCACGGUGCUAAGUGAAGAGCGUGUUGAUUAGAAAAAAAAAGAAAUAGUACUUUACCUCUCAAGUACUAAGCAAUUAUUUUUAUGAUUGGUAGCAAUUACAGGAACCUUUUUUUGUUAGUGUUUUUAAAGCACUUUUAAUCAGGGGGGUUAUGAUUGGUUCACCCUCUGAUAAUUAUUUCCAGGAUUUCAUUCAGUUUUGGAAAUCAAGCAAAUCCUGCAAAAUUGCUGUUAUUAUUAUUAUGAUAUGUUUUUUAACAAGUUCAUAUUCACCUGGUGCUUCUAUGGUUUCACAGUCCACUAUGUCUUUUAUAUUUACUGUAUAUUGAGCCAUUGUCAACAUUUUCGUGAAUUUUUUUAAGACAAAGCACAGGAAUAGGUGAAAGAAUCCUGCUACGCAAAUGUCGGCAAUGAGUUUUAGAAACAUUUGCAUCGGGUUUUGGUUGUUUUUUGUUUUUAGCAAUUUCAUCAUAUUCUUAUUGAACAGGGUCUAGUGCCACCUUUUGGUCAUUUUCAGUUUCCAAGGCAGCUGGCUUGCUGUAUAGGGGAUCCUUUGAUUACUGUAAUCUAGUUGUAUGAUAAAAAAGGUAAGAUUUGUACAGUAAAUUAAUUUCUCUCUUUUUUCCUAAAAUGAUUUUAGAUUUUAGUAUUGUAAAAGAGAGUAAAAUUCUUGUGGGUUAUUUGUAAAAUGGUGCUACUUGGUGCUACUAAAAACGUAUAAUGUGAGAAUCUCUAUUGGUGGUGAGAGGAUUUAUGAAUGAUGUACAGAACCUAUUUGUCAUAUACCUCAAAACAUUUUUGGCAAUAGGAUAACUAUACCAAGGUGUCUUCAUUUUCUUUUUCCCAUUUCUUUAUUUCUAUUUAAAAAUAAGAAUUUCACAAGCGUUUAGGUCAGUGCAAAGCUUUGCUCACUUACAUUCAUCACACUUGAUCUACUAGAAGGUGUUACUUGAACUACAAACUUCAAAAUUUCUAUAUAAAAUAAAAGAAUCAGGGAUAUUUCUGCUAAUUCACACAUCACCUUGUCAUCUCCUCUCGUUCAGGGAUUAAUUUGUGCAUCCUGAAUCCCAUGUACAUAGUUCAAACACACACACACACACACACACACACACACACACACACAACUUAAAAAUAAAAUAAAUAAUGAAUUCACAUUUUUGUACUUAUGUUUUUGUGGAUAGUUUUUAGAAAUACAAUAAUAUGCACUGAGUCGACUAAAGGGAAAGUAUGGCUUCAUCAAAAAUGUUUUUUUUUUCUUUCCUGGAUUUCACAUAAAAACAUUCAGACACAUCCUCAGUGCAUGUGUAUAAGUAAAUAUAUUCUACAUUUAUUUAUAACCACUGAACUUUUAUUUUAAUGCAUUUUAUCUCCCUCUAUCCAAGUUAAAUGUCACCGAAUGGCAAAAAUCAUUUUCUGUAAGCACUUCAAUUAUUUUUCAGAAAAUUAUGAAUUCAAAUCAUUUAUUUGAAUGAAAAGUAAACAAGGAAACUGUACGCAAAUUAACAACAUGGUAUAAAUAAUGUGUCUUCGAUGCAAAGAGCACAAAUGAUUUUUUAAUUACUUUUUACUUAAACCCAGCUACUUAAAAACAUGGUAUAAGUAACCGAUAGCAGAUUUAACCCUUUCAGUCGAGAGCCAGCAUUUAUUAAGUGUAAAUUAAUUUAUUUAACAACCUCAGAGACACAGAGUGUAACGGAGGUCAGAGUUACUCAGAUAAAAGGUCUUCAUAACCUUUAAUUGUAACGAUCACAAAUAUAAAUGUUAAAGUUCAAAACGAGCGGCGUUUAUCUAAUUCGUUUACCUCAACACGCACGAGUGGAAUCGUCUGAUACAGAAGCUCGUCUUGUUCAGGAUUUGAAAAUGAAUGUCGCUGAACUACAAUAGGACAUUUUUCUUACGUUUAUCAAAUGUAAACAUUGAUGUAAACAUUUGUUUCGAUCCAUUCAGAUGCUCGAUGACAAAAGUCUGAGAACACUGUGGAUAAAAAAAAACAGGAAAUCAAUAAAAAAUCUUAAAAAUUGAAAACAAAAAGUGAAUAAAUAUCAUGAACCGCUCUGUGCAAAACCGCUCUGUACCGAAGCAUGUGAUCAGGUGACAGUCUGAUGAAUAUGAUCUGAAAUGGAUCAUAAGGUUUUCACACAAACCUUCAGAGUCUGAGCGGCUCGAGAGCUCGCAGUAAUUAAUAGACUCCUGUUUCUCAUAACUACUCGGUAAUUUCUCAGAGUCCAAGUUUCACUGCUGAUAAAAAUCACGUGUAAUAAAGAACGAGGAAUAAAAAAGGAAGCACAGUCAUCAGUGCGCUCAGACGUCCGGUUCACCGUGUGGAUGUUUCAUCACAUCAUCGUAAAUUGUUUGUUUUAGGAAAAUCUGGAAACUGUAAUUCUAUCUACAUUAAAAAUGUAUUUUAAUUCUUGCUCUGUUAUUUCUAUGUUUUAUCUGUUACACAGUGACAUGACCACAAAAAACAGGCCUUACGGUAAUUCAAUAAAUCUUUUGGGUUUAGAAAACACAGAUAUGGCUGAAAGGGUUAAACAUCACACAGAUCAUCACCGAGCCUCAGAUCACAACAACAGCCUAAGCUUGUGAAUAACAGUGAAUAAACAAUAUAACGCUCCCUACGCAGGGUCCCUACUCCCGAGUGGAUGAUACCGUAUGUAGAGGUAGUGUCCAUGGUAACGAUAACGAUCAUUACGGGGUUCUGCACAGAACCUUUAAAAUAUUAUUCGACGGACGAACAGAAGACUCCGACGGAGAAAUCCGCAGCACCCGAUGAUCCUGUAGAUGAUUGAAAGGUUUUGUAAAUAAAUCUCAGCUUUUUCAGUGUACAGAAUAAAACCUGAUUAGCAGGUUAAUAGAAAAGAAGAAUAAAAGGAUAAAAUGAAAAAAAUGUUAACUAGGUGAUUGAUUAGCGGGUGAAAAGCAUAGCCAUACUUGAAGACAUACUUGUUCUGUGUGGAGUCUUUACUUGACUUGAAGGACGUUCAGAUGGAGCGCGUGCUACGCUAGCAUGUGUUGGUGUUUUUUUUUGUUUGUUUGUUUGUUUUUUUAAUGUAGACACUAAAUGGGUUGAUUUUUAUUAUCAUUUUUUUAAACAUUUUUUCUCUAUCCUGUUCUCUCGUUUCCUAAAAGUUUGGUAUGCUUCAAAAUAAAGGAUGGAUAUGAAUACUGUAAGUAAUGUAAUGUACUGAAGUACUGAAUGCAGUUUAUUUGAAAGCUGUUUAUUAUAUCAUUCCUGAUUGCCAAGAUGUGGGUGUUUUUAAUAAAAUUUAUAUUUAUUUCAUGCAUUUCAAA